UUUGUUUGUACUUUAAUUUCGUUUUUGUAUUGUUUAGUGAAACAUUUUAUUAGAAUUUGUGAUAUGAGCAUGUAAUAAUACAAGUUAAAAGUGCAAAAAAUCGGUGGAUCAUGUAUUUUGAAAUAGAAAAUACUCCAGAACAUAUUAGACGUAGCCGUCAAGUCGAGGCUAAACAAAAGAGGUCUCCGAAAGAAGAAUGUCCACGUCUCAUUCUCGCACCGUUCUCUAGACCUCCGCAAGUGGUUUUCGACAAUGUGCUCAUUGGAACUUCAUGUGAAAGAAACUUGGAAGUGUUCAAUCCAUCCAAACAAGUACAACAGAUAACUCUCGGCCGCAGUCUUCCCCCGGGUCUAGUGAUCCAACUGCCUGGAGAAUGGCUGGUGCUAGAACCAGAAACAUGUUACAGCCUCACCAUGUUGUGGACUCCAAGGCAGCCCACAGCACUGCGAGAGACCGUCCGCUUUACUAAUGAGAGCAGGGGGCGUUAUGAUGUCAUUGUUGUAUUGAAGUCUACAAUGACUAUUAAAGGGAAGAGCAACCAACCCAAAGGCUUUAAAAUAUCUCCUGGUAAGAUGAAGAAAAAAUCAUCUAAGAAGUCUCCAGUGGCAGUCUAUAAGAAAAAAUCUGAAAUCAUUUAUAACACCACUAAAAUUCAAAAGAAUAUAAAUGUGGUUCAAACCACGCAACACACAGUCCUUCAGCCAUCAAACAAAAUUAACAUGAUGAAUGAUUAUUCCGUUGACUCAAAAUGUCCCUUUGAUUCCCCAACCAGUCUAGAUUUCAACUUUGACACUUCAGAAGUAUUUUCCAACAUGCGUAAAACUAACAACACCAAUUUACUACAACAAACUUAUGAUAAAUCAUACACAAGCAAUAAUAAAGAAAAUUCAAUUCAAGCACAAAAUAUUUUAAAGCCUUCUAAUAAAGACAAUACUUUAGGUACAGAUAUAUUUGACAAUCUCACAUUUACGCCGUUAAAAAGUUUACCCUCUAAAACUGAUAAACUACAUAAAGGACCCAAGAUAGUAGUCAGUGUGAAUUCUGAAAGUGAUUUUGAUGAUAGUUUAGAUAUGAAGACAUCUAACAAAGAAAAUGAGACUCAUUCAAUUAUAACUGUUACGACAUCGCAACCGAACAAAUGGUUAUCCGUUAACCACACGGAAGUAGAUAACCGCGGCAUGGAAACACCGACACCAGUCAACAAGAAGAUCCCUAACACAUCAUCACCUAAAGAGCUGAACAGCCCUAAUUUCUCUAUCAACACAGAAUUUUCUCGUAUUAGUGAUCUGUCCUUCUUCCCCCAAAGAUACUCAACUGAAAGGAAAGGGUUGCCGAAAAUUAAUAAUGAUACUCACGAUAUUCUCGAUGAUCUGCAGAUCAAUAUGAAAUUAAGUUCAGACACAUUUACUAAAGACUCUCCUAAUACGCCUAUGGAACACCAGUAUUACACGGAAUCGCGGCCACCUCAUUUCUUUUUGAGGGAUCAACAUCCCAAAAUGAGACAGUCUCUAUUCAAAGAAUAUCAACAGCAGAGAGAAAUUUUCGACAGAAACUAUUUGAAUCCUGGUGAACACAAUGUCUGGAACAAUGAUCUGCGCAGUGAUAUCAGAUCUCCACCAAGGUCUAUAACGCCGCCUCUUCAGUCUAUUCCUGAAGAGAGCGGCCACUUUUCUGAAACGCAAGUGCUCGAUAAAACCAGCAAACAACAAGUUACUUUCACAAUACAUGAUCGCACAUUUGACAAAGACAAGAAUUCCAUAUCAACAAGACAAUCUUGGUCUAAGAAAGCUGUUAUUAAAACAGAGCCUGAUCUAUGGAAAGUACCUGUGUCAAUGCCCAGGAAAUCUUUGAAACCUAAAGCGAGUAUAAAAAGCAGAGAAUCUUUACUGUCCAAUGUUACCUUCGAUGGAAAUAGAAGCCGCAACAUUACAAUCAAUCAGGUAGAAAAUGUAUACUCUCAAUCUUUAACAGUAGAUCCUUUCCUGUCGUCGACAUACUUUUACGAUGAGGAAGCAGUGGAUAAAUUCGAAAAGGAAUUUAAAAGGUGGUUGAAUUGCAUUCUUACUCCACCCGCUGAUCUCGACAGUAACAUUGAGCAGAAAAUUGACGUCGGGAAAGCUUGGAUUGAAAAUAGAAACAAAGAAGUACCAGUAGCUCCCACUAAAGAGCAGGUUUGUAGUACAUACCACAACAGCCACAGACUCGCAAGUCUUCGGCGAGCCGCUAGAGCGCUACUCAGGAGCCCUGAAAUAGCGCAAGUAUUAGUAAAACUCAAUGUGCAAAUAGAGAAGAAACUGAUAGCAAUAAGAAAUGACAGAAAUUUACAUUUAGAUGUUGGGCUACAGAAGGUCAUAAUGGAACUACUUUUGUCUUACAAUCCCUUGUGGCUUCGAAUCGGACUUGAAGCUAUUUAUGGAUUGGUCUUACCACUUAAGUCAAACAGCGAUAUUGAAGGUCUUACUUCUUUUAUCAUACAAAGAAUGUUUAAGAACCCAUUUUUGAAAAAUAAACACUCAAAAUCGUCGGCGCCUAACAUGCUUUUGCCCGCUUACAUGGAUGCCAUCAAAAAGUUUACUUUGAGAAAGUUUUUCAUGCUCGUCUUCUUUUUGGACCAAGCGAAGCAGAAGAAAUUGAUAUCGCACGAUCCUUGCCUAUUCUGCCGGAAUGCCAUAUGCAAAGAAAGCAGAGAAAUCAUCAUUAGAUUUACGAGAGAGCUCAUUGCCGGCAUCGGUGAUAUAACGAAGCAUUUGCGACCACUCGGUUAUGUUGUCUGUCAUAAACAAUCUUAUUUAGAUGAAUACAAAUAUGCCGUUCAUAAUUUAGCAACUGACAUCAGAGACGGUGUGCGACUGACGAAAGUCAUGGAAAUAAUAUUAAUGAAAAACGGAUUGCUGAACCAGUUGCGAACGCCAGCCAUUUCACGCUUACAAAAAAUACACAACGUACAAGUAGCUCUGAAUUCGUUAAAGGAAGCUAAUUUUGUAAUAGUGGGUGAUAUAAAUGCUAACGACAUAGCUGAUGGUCAUCGAGAGAAAACGUUGUCACUUUUGUGGCAACUUAUACACGUAUUCCGCGCUCCAUUGUUUGAGAGAGCCGCCAAUGUGAUCCAGAUCUGGUGGAGAAAGAAAUAUGAGGUGAUAGUAGCGAAGAGGAAGGAAGAAGAGAGGAUUAUUUAUGAAAGAAACAAUUCCGCAAGUUUGAUACAAUGUUGGUGGCGACGUAUUCAGUAUAACCGACUGGUGGAGCGGAAGAUGCAACAAGUGGUCGCAGGAACCAUAACACUGCAGAAGUACUGUCGUAUGUGGCUGUGCCGAACUCGUUUUCGGCGUUACAAAGCUAGCGUGCUAACUAUUGAGAAUUGGUAUUCGUCUAUCAAAAUUAUCAGCCAAGCUAAAGAAACCCUUAGAAAACUGAAAUUAGAGAAAGAGGAAUUGAAAAAAAAAUCGGCUAUUAUCCUCCAAAGUCAUAUUCGACGUUGGAUCUGUAUGAGAGAGUACAGAACGAAAUUAAAACAUAUUGUGACUAUUCAAAGCAUGGUGCGUGGUUAUAUUGCAAGAGCACAGUUUUCGCGCUUCAGAAAUUCUAUAAUGUAUCUUCAGCGUAAAUACAGAAAUAAACUGCUUAUGAAGAAAGAUAUGCGUAACUUUGCGGAAACCCGCAAAGCGGUCGUGUUUAUUCAGAGCACCUACAAAAUGAUCAAACAACAUAGAGCUUUCCAGAAAUUGAAACAGUCUGUUAGAAUAAUUGAAAAUCGUUACUUGGCUUUGCUACAUAUGAGAGAGCAAAGAAAAACAUACAUUGAAUUUAAGAACAGUGUUAUUUUACUGCAAUCACUUUACAGAGGUAGAACAUGUCGUUUACAAUAUAACAAAUACAGAAAUCAAAUUAUAUUUUUGCAAAGAAAAAUUCGCGCUAAUUUACUCAUGAAGAAACAAAAAGCUGAUUAUAUUAAACAGAAAGAAGCAAUUAUAAAAAUUCAACAGUAUAUUCGAGCUUACCUUGCAAUGAAGCAAGUGCGUACGUCUUACCUUCUCCAGUGUAAAGCUGCUCUCGUAAUUCAGAGGUAUAUAAGGUCAUAUCUUAAAAUGAAAUCUGAAAGAAAACGUUACAUUCAAAUGCGGAGCGCUGCUAUAUACAUACAGACAUAUUAUAGAAACUUGUUGAAACUGCGUAAAGAAAGAACUUCGUUUAUGAAUUUAAAGAAUGCAACUCUAUGUCUACAAAGACGAUAUAGGGCACAGAGAUCGAAGAAAGUAUGUGAGGAAAAAUAUAAGAGAAUCCGAACGGCUGCAUUAGUCAUUCAAAGACAGUUCAGAGCUCGUCAACUAAUGCUCUUGGAAAGGUCGAAAUAUUCUCAAAUUCGAUCUUCUUGUAUUCGAAUACAAAAUGCGUUCAGAGCUUUAUUGUUAGGUAGACAACAACGUAAAGAUUUCCUUAAGAAAAGAGAAGCUGCGUUGACAAUACAGACGUGGAUUCGAAGCUGUAGACGUGGAAAGCAAGUGAAGCAAGAAUUCCAACAAAAAAGACAGGCUUGCAUCACUAUACAGAGAAUAUACAAAGCCUUUAUCAUUGGAAGGAAGGAAAGGCAAGAGUAUGUAAAAAUUAGAACAGCAACGAUUCGCAUACAAAAUUAUUACCGCGCUUACGUUGAAAUGAAAACCGUUAGACAGCAGUACAUACAACUUAAAACUUCCACAGUCACAAUCCAAAGGUUUUACAGAUCUCAUUUGGAAACUAAGAAACAGAGGCUUUCAUAUUUGACAUUUAAAUCAGCUGCAGUUAUUAUUCAAAAAUACUACAGGCAGUACAAAGAAAGUAAAUUGAUAAGGCAAAAGUAUUGUGCUUUAAGAGUUGCCGCUAUUUGUAUUCAACGACAGUAUCGUGCUCUGUGUAAUAUGAGACGCGAUCGAGACCAAUAUCAGAAACUGCGGAUAGGUACAAUAGUUUUACAGCAAAAAUAUAGGGCAUUGCUAGCUAUGAGAACACAGAGAGCUACUUACCUUCAACUCCGGUUGGCCGCAAUUGUACUCCAAAAUAGAUUUAAGGCAUUAUUGUUGAUGAAACAAGAGAGAAACAAGUAUGCAGCAUUGAGAAAUGCAUGCAUAAAAAUUCAGACUUAUUACAGAGCUUAUUCUAAUGGAAUAAAACAACGAGAAACAUAUUCAAAAAUGAAACUGUCGGCAAUAGUCAUACAGCAGAGGUACAGGGCUUUACUUAUGAUGAGAAAACAAAGGCAAAUAUAUCUAAACAUUCAUUCUUCUGUCGUAAUAAUUCAGAGGAGAUACCGAGCGCAUUGUAUGAUGUUGCAGGAAAGAUCAAAAUAUAAGAGAAUAUUAAAAGCAUGUACUACAAUCCAGAGAGUGUUUAGAGCUUAUUUGCUAGGUAAAGAACAGAAAUUAAAUUACCUAAAACUGAAAUCUACAGUUAUUACAAUUCAGAGGCGCUACAGAUUGAUAAAGGAAAUGCGUAGAAUACGGUUUGAGUAUCUUAAGUUAAAGAACAUAGUAGUUUUUGUGCAACAUCGUUUUAGAAGUAACAAAAUUGCAAGAGAAAUGCGGCAAAAGCAGGCAGCUGUGGUUAUUCAGGGUUGGUAUAGAGCGCAUCAAUUACGCAUCACUUCUAGAACUGAGUACCUGAAAAUAAGGACAAGCAUUAUCACCAUUCAAUCGACAUUAAGAGGGUUUAUUGCGCGAAAGAAAUAUUUAAAGAUGCGGCAGGCCGUCUCGACUAUUCAAAAGUACUAUCGCUCUCGUAAAUUAGCAUUAGAGACAAGACAGCAAUAUAUUAAGGACAGGAAUUUGAUUAUAAAGCUACAGGCCUAUUUCAGAAGUUUUGUAGCAAGACGAAACUUCAAUGAAAUUCGCAAGGCCGUCGUGACUAUACAACGCGCUUAUAGAGUGAAAAGGGAAAGAAAUAUAGCCAAAACCAAAAGAGAGAUGGCUGCAAUUUGCAUACAGAGUAAUUUCAAGCGUUACAUUGCGCGUUCGAGGUAUCUUCAGUUGAGAAAUAAAGUAGUGUUUAUACAAAAAUUAUGGAGAGGGAAGCUUGUGACAAGACUGCUGCGAUGCGAAUUCUUCCAGAAGAGACAGGGGAUCAUCAAGUUGCAAGCCAUCAUUAGAGGGUAUCUGGUGCGGAGACAAGUCUUGCUCAAAAGGGAGCAGCUUGAGAAGAUCAGAGAGGAAAAGAGGCGGAAUUGGGCGGCGGCAAAGAUUCAGGCUCACUACCGGGGUUAUAAAACGCGUUGCAAUUACGCGAGCGACCUACGCGUUGUGGAGUGGCGUCGUAGAUGGCGCUUGGGAGCGAUGCAGUCCACUCAGCAGUCGCUGAAGGAACGCAAUGAAGAUGCCAUGGCGGUUCUCAGAAACAUGGCCGAUAUUGAGACGGUCAUCCGAGCCUUCAGAUCUCUAGAAUUACUGACUGAAGUGUUCCCAAUGAUGUAUCACGAUAACGCGUCAUCAAUCGUCAAGCGAGUGUACAUUUAUAUGUCGGUGACUAAUCGCUCCAUAUCCAGCAUCGAAGUGCUCAAAUCAGCCGCUUCCAUGUUGGUCAACCUCACUCGGUACAGGAUUACGGGACCUAAGAUUUAUGCGAGAGAUCGUGUGCCGCCUAUCCUGAAGUUCAUGUGGCGGUUCAGUAACAGCGAGGCUCAACUUUUCUGCAUAUUAUGCACCUACUUAUGGCUUUUCGCCAAGUACGAUGACGUCAGAAAGGACUUGACAGAGUUUCUGCACAUUCCCGAAAACCACAAAAUGCUCGUGACCAUCAAAAGCAACGUUGACAGGACGAAGCGGAUGGCCACCAACGCAAGAAACAGAUACAGCACACCGCAGCCGUCCAAGUUCGUCUCACACACGAACCAAUCUCUCAACUACAGCAUGUGCAGCAAUGGAAACUCGUGUCACCUUCCAUUGCCGGCCCUAGAACCCGAUUAUGGAAUAACGAGAGCCGAUAAACCGCGUUACUUCGAUGACGCCCAACAUGCUAUUAGCUCUUUAUUCUCUGCAUUCAAAUUAUAAAUUGGCGUUUGUGUUUUCAAAGAUUAUUUUCACGUAAGUUCUUGCAGUUUGUUUGCCAUGUGUGAUGAAUGUGUUCGUUAUAUUUGAGCUGAUAUUUUUUUUAUGUUAAGGCACUGUUAGGGCUAAGAAUGUUUCAAAUUUUAUAUAAUAGGCGUAUUCAUACUAAUACAAUGUACAUUAACAAUGCAUUAUGGUUACAGAUUAAUUGAUAAAAUAAUAUUAUUGACGUUAUACAUAUAAUUUAACAAUCGUGUAGUUACUUGCAUCCAUAGAUGUAGGAGAAAAGGCAGACAGAGUUUUAGUAUACGCCAAAAUGUAGCACCAAUAGUAUGCCGGUCACUAUAAUUAUACUAUACAUACACAUGCCUCAUCAUUCUUUUUAUUGUUUUACUUUAUUUAUAAAUAAUACAUAGCUUAUUGCCAACCGCAAUAUUUAUAUCUCUAAUAGUUAGAAAUAAAACACCUUUCGUUGUGCUUAUUUUCAUUUAUGAAAAAAUUCAUAAUAAUUCUUCCACUAAAAUAAGUAAUUAACAUUUUAAAUCUACUAGCCGACGGAGAGGUAUUGUUGCUUAGCUUGCUUUUCUAGGAUAAAAGAUUCAUAUUUGUGCGCUUUUUAAAAUUAACGAUCUGUGUGCCAUGAACGUAGAAAAUGAUGUUGUGUGCUACUUUUUUUUUACUAGGAAGUGUAACUUUAUUUACGCAUUUAUUGAAUUAUUCUCUUGCAAUGCAAAUUAUUUAUUUCAUGGUGAAUUUAUCCAUUGUUGUAAAAGUCUGCAAUAUUUAUUACUGGCAACCUUUAUCAAGAAGAAUGAAACACGAACUUGUUUGACGUAACAUUUAUUUGACAUUUGAUAAUAGUGUAAUUUGAGGUUAGAACACUCCAAUGUUUACUAGUUAAUGUUUUGUGAAAACACGAGCUAAAUAGUAUUUAAAUAUUUUUAACAUGGACGAAUUUGUAAAUUACGUACUAUUAAUUUUAAUUCUGCUGCCAGUUUUAUUAUUCUUCAAGUUAUGGGCUGGUAUUGGUUGGGAACUUUUUGUAAACAAUUGAAGCGUUGAAUAAGUGAUUUUUGAAGCAGUUAAUUAUGUGAAGAUAGUUAUGUUUUAUCGUUAUAUCUGCUUGAGAAGACUGACUCAUAAGAAGAUAAUUCAUGGUGUGUUAUUAAUCACAAUUUGUAAUUUGCUUAUUGUGGGAAAAUAAAAUGUUUCCAAUAAAAUAAAUAAUAUUUAUUA